GAUUUUAGAUUGCCCAGCGUUUUAUUAGGACUUUCAAAACGCGAUAAUCUGGAAAAGAUAAUCGAAAAUGAUCUACAGAAUGAUAUAUCCGUUAACUGUAAACUCUGUCAUGUCCUGUGUGACAUUUUUUGUGGCGUUGAAGUUAAUUUCAGGUAUGAAAUCGCUGUUCCUUAAAGCUGGGCUGUGCGGGAAAGACCUCAACAAGAAAGACAACAAAGAGAAAGUUGCAGAGGGUUUAGGAGUUGUUAGUGGAGCAGUAUUUCUUAUUACGAUGUUUUUAUUCAUCCCAAUCCCUUUUCUCUCUAUUUGGUUUGAGAAGGGUGAUUAUGAUUUUCCACAUCAUGAGUUUGUCAUGUUCAUCACUGGCCUUCUGUCCAUCUGUUGUAUGAUCUUCCUGGGAUUUGCGGAUGAUGUUCUUGAUCUCAGGUGGCGAGACAGGCUUCUUCUGCCGGCAAUGGCAUCUCUUCCCCUCCUCAUGGUCUACUGUGUCAAUAUUGGUGUUACAACAAUCAUUGUACCAAAACCCAUCAGAUUCAUUUUCGGCUUUGAUGUAGAUCUAGGAAUAUUAUACUAUGUUUAUAUGGGAAUGUUAGCAAUAUUCUGCACAAAUGCAAUCAAUAUCUUGGCUGGUAUCAAUGGCGUUGAGGCAGGACAGUCGCUCAUCAUUGCAGUCUCCAUUUUGAUGUUUAAUUUCAUUGAGCUUCAAGGAACUUGUUGUUGGCAGGCUCAUUUGUUCUCAGCAUACUUCAUGAUGCCUUUCAUUGCCACAUGUUCAGCAUUACUUUAUCAUAACUGGUACCCAUCCUCUGUAUUUGUUGGAGACACAUUCUGCUAUUUUGCAGGAAUGACAUUUGCAGUAGUUGGCAUUUUAGGACACUUCAGUAAAACAAUGUUGCUGUUCUUUAUUCCACAAGUUAUCAACUUUGUUUACUCAAUUCCUCAAUUGUUUCGUUUCAUACCAUGUCCAAGACAUCGACUACCAAGGUUUAACCCAGACACUGGUUUGCUAGGAAUGAGUUACAGUGUGUUUAAAAUGUCUGACCUUCAUCCGUUAGGGAAACUUAUAUUGUCAGUGUUCAGUCUUCUAAGAUUAGUUACAGUGGAGGAAGGUGUUGGUGAAGACAAAAAAUCUACACGCGUGAACAACUUGACACUUAUAAACUUUGUUAUCAAAGUGCUGGGACCCUUACAUGAAAGAACAUUGACAAUAAUAAUCAUGGGAAUACAGAUUUGUGGAAGUGUUAUUGCCUUUAUUAUUCGUUACCACCUUGUGAGGUUUUUUUAUGACAUUGAGCAGCAUUGAACUUAUCUUUGAUUUUAGUGUUAUGAACCUUUUAACUCCCUUGAAUGACCAAGAGAGAAUUUCUCCUUACAAUAUAAGUACAAUAUCAAGCAGACAAGUGAUGAGAAUAAAGAAUAGCAUCAAUAGGGGAUUAUUAGUAAAUUCAUUACCAAAUUUUCCAAUUAACAUCACAAGAACUAUAUGGCAGACAGCAAUGAGAAUUACUAAUGAGAUCUUGGGAGUGAAAGGGUUAAUAAUCAAUUCAUAAUAAUAAUGGAAUAGUUAUUUGUUAUGCUUGAAAAUUAAAAGAAAGAAUGCCGAUCUGUAUGCAGAUUUAAAAAGCUUUUUUAUAGUCAUUUCUGUAAAAAUUUUGUACAUUAACAUGAUAAUUGCAUGUGACAAUCAGACACAAUUAUUUGUAAAGAUUAAAAAGCUCAUGAUGUCACCAAAUUGUUUGAUGCUCCUAUGGAAUAAACCCUUAUUUUAAGCCUCAAGAGUGACUAACAUUUAAUUUCUCCUUUUGGUUUCUCCCCUGAAUCAAACAUUAAAGUCAUGAGAAGAGAGAAAAUGAUCGCCAACUAAAGCAGAUCAAAUUCUCCUUGUCAGCACCUUAAGAAAUGUAUACAGAACAGUAUGGAGAGUAUAGAUUCUGA